AUGUCUCCAAGUGAAAAAUGCACUCAAUCAUCAACAGUAUCCGAUUGUACGACAAAUAAUCCAGAAAUUGAAAUUCAUGUUGCAGAAUUUUAUAGUGGAAUCGGAGGCACAAGAAUGGCCAUAGAACUCAUUGAAGCAUUUAUCGAACAAUUUUAUACAAAGAAAACUGUAAAUGAAGAAUUAUCUUUUGUCAUUCCGAACAAAAUUACAUUUUCAUGGAUCGGAGCAUUUGAUAUCAAUGAAAAUGCAAAUAUAUUAUACAAACAUUUAUUCAGUCAUGAUCCUUGUGCAAAGGACAUUGCUCACAUUCCAAUUUGUGAUUUCCAAAGACAAUACUUUAAGAGAUUUUUGGAGAAACGAAAUGAACAAAAUUCAACCACUUCAUUCUCCUUUGAAAAUUCUAAAAAGAAGCAAAAACUAAGCGAAGAUCACUCUCAAAAAUGUUCAAAAUUGUUGUGGACUAUGUCCCCUCCUUGUCAACCCUUUACACUUAAUGGCAAUAGAAAAGACAGCGAAGACGAUAGAACUAAAAGUUUUUUGUAUCUAAUGAGUGAGCUUUUUCCAAAGAUAUUGCCAGAUUAUAUAUUUGUGGAAAAUGUCAAAAAUUUCGAAAUUUCAAAAACUAGACAGCAUUUAGUGAAUCAAUUAACAAAUCAUGGAUAUCAAUUUAAGGAAUUUAUGUUAUGUCCAACUCAGUUGGGACUUCCUAAUCAACGAGUGCGAUAUUAUCUUAUUGGACAAAGAGUGGAUUUCAACAUUGAAAAUGCUAUUAACAUAACUGAGACUUCUGAACUGAAAGACGUUAAACUAGACCUACACACUUCUCUUCCCGAAUACAUGUUUUCAAAAUCAGGAAACAAUGAAACACGACCACUUCUUGAUUAUGACCGAGUUUUUAACAACCCUGAAAAAGUUGAACAAUUACAAAAGCAAGGAAAGGCUGCUACAUUUAUGGAUCUUUAUAACCACUCUUCGAUAUUGCUUACCUCUGAAGAAGAAAAGAUUUAUGAAAACGAUAUGAUUUUUGUGGAACAAAAGCAUCUUUCCAAGAUUAAGGGUUAUCGAUACGACCUGAUUUUAAAAAAGAGCAACCAUUCCAAAGACACUCCUCCACUAAAACGUGUCUGUAGCUGUAUUACAAAGUCGUAUGGUCAAACUCAAUUUCUCAGAGGAACUGGACCUCUAGUUGUGUUACUGAGUGACACAUACUUGAACGCGGAUUUGGAGACAACCCUACACAGCAUUGACUUUGAUAACGUACAGUCGCUGACUGAAUUGGGAAGAAUACGAUUCCUACAUCCAAUCGAAGUGGCACGUUUAAUGACCUUCUCGCCUUGGUUUUCCUGUCCUUCUUCAAAACUUUCUAUCAAGCAACAGUAUAAAUUGAUGGGAAACUCGGUGAACGUUCUAUCAGUGGCAAAUGUCAUCAUCCAACUGUUCUUGGAAGAGAAAGCAAAGGGUUCUAAUUGA